AUGGCGAAUAACGUGGCCGGCCAGGUGCUUGUGUACGCACUGCUGUUUUUCUUCAUGGUGGUGGUCGUGUUUCUCUCCUACGCAAUGAUUCUGCACACCGAACAGUCGCAGAUGUGGAGCACGAUCAAGGAUCGCGGUGCGACACGUACCAUGCCAAACGGUACCACCAACUACUGGUACUACAUCGUACGGGACAUGGACAAGAUACGCAACAUGACGGACGUACUUUACCUGGAUCGUUCUACGCACAUCGUACCGACACCGGUUGGUUUUCGGGUGGUUGGCAAAGACUUUGAAAUCCAUUUCGAUCAGAUCAAUGUAACGAAUGCUGGCGAGGACGAGAACGCUCACCACCACCAACCACAGCACGACUACAUACCAACGCUCGUGAAACGGAAGACGUACGUUUGGGAGAUAACAAGACGCCAACCUACCGCCAACAUUACGGUGCCGGUGUUUAUGGGCAAGCACGACAAGCAAGUCAUUCCACCGUAUCAAAAUGCGAUACCACCAGCUGAUUCGGAUACUAAAAAGGAGUAG